AUGAGCGCAUCAAGCGGGACUCAAAAGGUUUUCCGGCUGCGUAGGCUGCCAGAAAGCAUCUCAAGUCGGAAAGACGUCGCAAAACUGCUCGGCAAGACUUUGAGUCUCUCAUCCGAUCAGAUCACUGUCUACUCGCUGGCUAAGACGUCCAAUCGAUGGGGGUCAAUGUCGAAAGUGGCCACGGUCCAAUUCAAGAGUAUUCCGCCAAUUUUGGACCCGGAACCUCCAGGCGCCCAAUGGAAGUUUCCUAUCCCCGAAUCGCAACACAAUGAUGUCUUGAUCCUCGAUACGCACUUUAGAGGAAUGACUGUGCUGAACGAUGUGGAAAAAGAGAACCAUCGUACAGACUGUAUCGCCAUCUCGGGAUUAGCUAGUCAUCCAUUUGGAUCCUGGCAGCCACACGGCCCGGACAAGAGCUUCAUGUGGAUCAGGGACGAGCUGCCAACAUCGGUACCCGGAGUGCGCGCGAUACUUUAUGGAUACGACUCGCGUCUCAAAGACAGCAAGUCUUUCCAGUCUAUCGAGGACAUCGCGGGGUGCCUCAUCUUGAAUCUCAAGUCAGGGGGCUGGAAUUUGCCGAAAUCCAGACCGAUCAUCUUUCUGGCUCAUAGCCUGGGUGGCAUCGUACUCAAAGAAGCCAUCAAGCAAAUGGCAGGCAAUUCUGACAGGAGAGAGGCCGAUAUUCUCAAUAACCUACUGGGGGCCAUUAUGUUUGGAGUCCCCAAUCUCGGCAUGGAACAGUCUCAUUUGAUGGCCAUGGUUGAAGGCCAAGACAACGAGACGCUAGUUCAAGACCUUUCUCGAAAUAAUGGCCGUAACUACGUGCGCCAGCUUGACGAGAAAUUCAACGGCCUCUCCACUGUCCAUACAUUGAAGAUACUCUGGGCAUACGAGACUGAGUCUUUAACUAUCCCAAUUAAUAAAAAUCAUUCUGAUAUGGUCAAGUUCUCUCAAGGCGAUGAGGAUUUGGAAACAAUCAUCUUUUCUCUCAACGACAUUUUAAAAGAGAGAUUGGGUCAGCCUCUGUUGGCACCUAAUGAUGCCUCUCAGAGUCAGCAAACGCUUCUGGGAGCGAACUUGGACUACCAAUCUACUGAUGAAGGCGUAUUGACUGAGGAUGAAAAAGUCUUAAAAGAUCUCGGUUCAUUUUUGUUGUCUAUUCAAGGGAUCCACGACGAACUGUAUUCGCCUGAGCUCGACUCUCGUAUUAACCAGAUCGAGGAUCCUUCUCAAAACACGUUCAAUUGGAUUUUUAGUCUACCUCUUUUCUCUCAGUGGCUGCGAAAGAAAUCCGGAUUAUUUUGGAUUAGUGGCAAACCUGGCUCGGGAAAAUCAACGCUGAUGAAACACGUCUUUCAGAGUCAAUCGACCAAAGACUUGUCACACAAAUGGGAGACCAGCUCGAUAGAUAUCAAAGCUGGCUUCUUCUUUCACUACCGAGGAACCGCCAUACAAAAAUCCCUUGAAGGCGUCUUGAGAAGUCUCAUCAUUCAUAUUCUGAAACCCCAUCGUAUUGCGUUCCAAAAGAAGUAUCAGGGAACCUGGGAAAUAUUUCAGUCUUUCAUUCAAAGAUAUCGGACGCUAGAAGGACAGAGAGCCAGCUUUGAGUACGAACUGGAUGCUAUUGUCGAAGAAAAAAUGGUGGGAGAUAUCAAGCAACAGCUAAGCCUGCUCCAUAGGAGAAUGGAAGAAGUAAGCAAGCGGAGCCUGGACUUCAGGGAAAGGGAGCCUGAGCUUCAACAAAAAUUAAAACAGGUGCGAGCUGAUAUAGCCGCCGUCUCACGGUCUAUCUCGUCACUGGCCGAAAAGGCGAGACCUUACCAAACCCAACCCGAGACAAGAUUUCUACGCAGCCUUGUGAACGAGUUGCAAAAUGAUUCCAACUCGCAGGUAGACAAGCUUGAGCAGAUCCUGAGACUGCUUCUAGACCAGGAUAUAAUGAACAUAAACCUGGUGCUCUUUUUUGAUGCUUUGGACGAAUUUGACGGGCACAUUGAAAACAUUAGUGAUUUCCUCACGAAUCUGCUCGAAAGAUCGACUACAUCGAAGACCCAAAUCAAGGUCUGCUUCUCUAGUCGGCCGCAGGAAUCGCUAAAUGAUCACUUUACCAAAUAUCCCGGCUUUAGGCUACAGGACUACACGACGGAGGAUAUAGAGCAAUACGCGAAGAUCUCUUUAGCACGCUCGGAGAUUAUGAACUUUUCUCAGAGGGAAGAGUUUAUGAAAAUCAUCCCAUCCAUCAUUGCUCGGGCUAAUGGCGUCUUCCUAUGGGUGAGACUGGCCAUGAAGGAAUUAUUCGACACUGCUGGAGGGAGCCCCGAGGCAGAAUUAUUUGGUCGGCUUAAAAAGAAAUUACAGGAGCUGCCGGAUGAUUUAUUAAAGUUUUAUAAACAUAUCAUCGAGCGCAUUAGCGGAGCAAACCGCCGCUAUACUUUCGCCCUGUUGGAACUGCUCGCUCGCCAUGCUGGCCUCUCGGUUUCGGUGACCGACAUAUGGGGUGCUGUGCUGACCUCAGGAUGUACGACUUUUGAAGAAUCUCUUGAAGUGCUACAAAAAAUCAGCGGGAAUACUGGCCAGAAAAUUGCCACAGACUCGGACCGAGACCAAAGAGCUAUCAGUGACAUCUCGGCUUGGGCGGGGGGACUCGUCGAAAUAAAGGCGCAGAAUAAUCUGCAGCUUAUGCACCAGACCGUUUUAGAAUUCACUAGGGACCAGACGUUUAAGAACUGGAUUGACGAAAGCCCUGAUCAGCUGCGGCGUAUUUUCCGUCAGGGGGCGCAGCCGCCUCUGUUAACUUAUCUUGCCUUUGAACCGGCAAGCGGUGUCUUACUUAAAGGGCAUGUGACCACAGCUCGUCUGCUCCUGGAAAAGGGCUACAACAUAGCCAAGGAUACCAGAUUUUUCCCCAGCUUGCUGGAGAAGAUUUGGAAGGCCGAAGCUAUGGCGGCCGUUCAGGGCGGUUUCAGCGAGAGCCACGCCCAGACCGCCAUUGCGCGGAUAUUGCAAGAGUUGGCUACUGUUGUUUUAGACAACGGUCAGAACCCCAACAUCUCCUGUUCCAUCUUCUCUCGGGAUAAUCUACAGAGAUGCACGCCGCUUCAUAUAGCUCCACCAGGCCUAGCUGCUAAGCUGAUUCGAUGCGAUGCCGACGUGAACAUGCCGGAUUCCUGGGGAAAGAAGCCGCUGGACUGGGUGCUGAACCCUCCUCGCUGGUCUCCACGCUGGAGUUGCGCGCGGCGCUACGAGAUGUGCCGCCUUUUGGUGAAAGCAGGCGCGUUGAUGUCCGAAUCGACGCCAGACGAAGACUGGAUAGGCGCACUGGCUGAGUUUGACCUUGCAGGGCACGAUGUUGAGGUCCUUCAGAGGAACGAACCACGACCUUUAGCUGCUGCAGCCCCUUCUAGUGGGGACCCAAAUGCUCAGAACAGCAAAGAAAGGCAUCGUCGUCGGGCGUUGUCGUUUUUGGUUGGUUUGUUUAGGAAGAAAUAA